AUGCAGCAUCCACGGUUCGUGGUGGAUAAGGCUGUUGAUGUCGGGGAUGGGGACGUUAGCGUCAUUGCCAGUCGUCAGGAGAACGGACAAAUAGUUCCGGAUAGUGAUACAGUUGAAAUUUCAUUACAUGACGAUGUUCCUGUCCACGCCCCAGCUUCAGAUGGAACUAACAAGACACCCGAAAAUGGUGUACAGGAGAAUGGGGAACCAGGUCAGAUGGCCCUAUAUGAAGACAACAUCAAGCAGAAAGGUCGCUUGUCUCAUCUCUUGAGUGGAAUUGCCCACUAUCAGGCUGGUAUAGCACCUGUACCGGAUGAAGAAAUUGGCUCCAAACAAACAAAGAAAGCCAAUCUUGGCACUAUUCUUGGAGUUUACCUACCCUGCAUACAGAACAUAUUUGGUGUGAUCUACUUUGUGAGGUUAUCAUGGAUAGUGGGCACGGCUGGGGCUCUCGAGGCGUUCAGCAUCGUCUUCAUCUGCUCUUCAGUGAGCUUGCUGACAUCAUUUUCUAUGAGUGCUAUCGCCACCAAUGGAGUGGUGACGGGCGGAGGGUCCUACUUCAUGAUAUCACGGUCCCUGGGACCAGAGUUCGGUGGAGCAGUGGGGAUUCUCUUCUAUCUGGGUCUCUCAGUCUCUGUAGCCAUGUACUUCAUUGGAUCAAUAGAGAUUCUACUGACGUAUCUGGCCCCAGAGAUUGCCAUAUUUACAGGGGGCACAGAAGCAGAUAUGUACAAUAACUUCCGGGUGUACGGAACAAUCCUGCUGCUGCUUAUUGCCCUGGUGGUGUUGGUUGGAGUGAGGUUCGUCACCAAAGUGUCUUCGCUGACUCUCGCCUUUGUCAUUGUGUCCGUUAUCUGCAUAUACAUCGGGAUCUUUGUAUCAAACACUGAUAACAGUAUCAGGGUGUGUAUGCUGGGAGACCAUGUCCUGCCCUACAGUAAAGUUGUCAUGAAUGGCACCAUGAUGUGUAUCAAGAAUGAAACAGGACCACUAUUCAACAUGUUCUGUACAGAUGUCAACAGCUCCUACACCUCGUGUGAUCCUUACUUCCUCAACAAUGACGUCAGGGUGGUGCCAGGAAUUCCAGGCAUUACUAGUGGAGUUUUCAUGGAUAACCUGUAUUCCCAUUACACGGAGGCAGGUGUCCACCCAGACAGCAGUACUGUAGCAAACAAGCAGAGGGGGGAUAUCACCACUGACAUAGCCACCUCCUUCAUGAUCCUGUUGGCUAUAUACUUCCCUUCCAUAACUGGUUUUGAACAAGGUGCCAACUAUUCGGGUGACUUAAAAGAUCCCCAGAAAUCCAUUCCAAAGGGAACGCUAUGGGCAGUUGGAUCCACCUCGCUGAUUUAUCUGUCAUCAGUGUUGUUCUUUGCUGCUUGUAUAGAAGGACCGGUCCUUAGGGACAAGUUUGGUGAGAGUAUAAAUGGAGAUCUGGUGAUAGCACAGUUAGCUUGGCCAACAAGGUGGGUGAUCCUCAUUGGCUCUUUCCAGUCAACAGUAGGAGCAGGCCUUCAAGCACUGACAGGUGCUCCCCGAUUGUUACAGGCUAUAGCCAAGGACAAUGUCAUACCAUUCCUGCAUUUCUUCAGCCAUACUACCAAAGGUGGUGAACCAAUCAGGGGACUUGUUCUCUCUACUCUCAUAGCUGAAUUGGGAAUCCUUAUUGCCAAACUGGACUAUGUUGCUCCAAUUGUGACCAUGUUCUUCCUCAUGUGCUAUGGUUUCAUCAACUUGGCAUGUGCUCUUCAGACCCUACUUCGUCUCCCCCACUGGCGCCCUCGGUUCUGGUGCUACCACUGGAGUCUGUCCCUCAUGGGGCUUGGUCUCUGCCUCAGCCUCAUGUUCAUAUCCAGCUGGUACUAUGCUCUCAUUGCCAUGGUGCUGGCGUGUGCUGUCUACAAAUAUGUGGAAUACAAAGGUGCUGAGAAGGAGUGGGGAGAUGGUAUGAGAGGCCUAGCUAUGUCUGCAGCUCAGCACGCCCUCUUCAGGAUGAAGGGAUCUUCCAGUCACACCAAAAACUGGCGACCACAGCUUUUGCUCCUUGUCAAGCUAGAUGAGGAUUUCACACCUAAAUCACCAAAGUUGAUGACAUUUGCAUGUCAACUGAAAGCAGGAAAAGGCCUAACAAUGGUCAACAGUGUCCUUGAAGGAGAAUAUGCUGAACAUGUGGAUGACAUCAAAACUGCCAGGAAGACAUUGGAUGACUGGAUUGAGAAGAGCAAAAUCCGAGGGUUCUCUGAUGUAAUCAUGUCCCACACAUUAGAAGAGGGCAUUUGUCAUGUAAUCCAGAAUGCAGGUCUUGGUGUCCUGCGUCACAACACAGUGAUGUUGGCAUGGCCAGACGAGUGGAGUGAGCAGAGACGGGAGAAAGGUUACAGAGUCUUCCUGGAAACCCUGAAGAACAUAAAUGCCUCAGAGUUAUCUCUGAUGGUGCUGAAAGGCAUCGACCACUUCCCUGAAAACUCUGACAGACUCAAAGGCACCUUGGACAUAUGGUGGAUUGUACAUGAUGGCGGCCUUCUGAUGUUACUUCCCUUUCUUCUGAAACAACAUCGGACUUGGAGCAAAUGUUCUAUCAGGAUCUUCACAGUUGCUCAGCUUGAGGACAACAGUAUCCAGCUGAAGGAGGAUCUCAAGAAAUACCUCUACCAUUUGAGGAUCAAUGCAGAAGUACAAGUUGUUGAAAUGUAUGACAAUGAUAUAUCUGCCUACAUCUAUGAAAGGACUCUACAGAUGGAACAAAGGACCAAGAUGCUGCAGCAGAUGAACUUGAAAAAGAAACAUAGUUUGCAGGAGGCUCAGUCUAUCAUGGACAGGAUUCAUCGGGAAAGUAGCAUUAAGCUUCCUACUGAACGGGUCCAGUUCAACCUGGAGUCCCGCAGCACCCUGUCUGUGGAACCGGAAGAGAGAGUUCACUACACCUUCAGUGGAGGUAGCACCAGUGGAAUGAGAAACCCCCGUGAUGUUGAGUCAGACGAAGAUGCCACACCAGAUUCCAGCAAUGUCAAGAGGAUGCACACGGCUGUGAGUCUCAACAAGCAUAUCAAGGAUAAAUCCAGAGACGCACAACUUGUCAUCCUCAACCUUCCCUCACCUCCAACAUCAGAGACCAGGCAGUCACACUAUAUGUCUUUCCUGGAGGCCCUGACAGAGGGGUUGGAUCGAGUGUUGAUGGUCCAUGGAAGCGGCAGUGAGGUUAUAACUAUCUACUCCUAGAUGCAGCGACUUGCAACAUGCAUAGAGAAGACUGGACAUCAGGAACUGUGAUGUCUAAUAUCUGUGAUCCAAAACUGUGAUCAACCAUCCUCAGUUGUACAGUAUAUUAUGGCUCCAUAUUGUUAUUAUAUACACCCAGAACUUUUCCUGGAUAUGAUGUCAACAUCCCCAAAUGCCUCAUCACCAUCUCAGCCCAGGGCUUGAUUUACAACUUACAUUGUUGCAGCCUGAAACUGCAAAACCUCAUAUUUAUACCAACUCGAACCCAAUGUUGUGAACAUUUUCCUGUUCAGGCUUCAUCUGGAAGACAGAAUGAUGAUUAAGUGGCUUGGAGCAGUGAUUCUGAUGCUUUCACAGACUGAAAUGGAGUGACUGUAACUGUCCAUGUCAUGAAAUUUUAUGUAGUAAGAUGAAAUGAUCUUAUCAGACCCUGAAUAGUUUUCCAAGAUAUUUUUUAUGGAUUAAACUUCUUUUGUAUUUCCCUCACAACAUUUCAGGACCAUUACAGAUCCCUUCAUCAGGGGAACUGACCAAACUGAAUAGUUUUGUUAAAAUGAUGUUAUAAAUCAUCCAUACAAAACUCAAGCAUUGUCUACAGUUAUAUUGAGCUGCAGGUGCAACCUUUUUUUGUUUGGUGCAACAGUGUUAUUACUUGAGGUUGCACCACUUCCAAUUAGGUUUCGUUUCCUCAAAUCAAGCUCUGUAGCAUAUCAUUUCUCUUGCUUGUGAACUUGAAAUGGACAAACCAGUCAAUACACUUAUGGACAGGGAGACUUGUUCAUUUGAAUUUAAUUGAUACAGAAGAACUUUCAGCUGGAAAGAUGCUCUCCUGAGAUUGAGACAGUCAAUAGAUGGGGCUGGACAUAGUCCAAGCUGUAUUUGAUAUGGCUUGUAACAAGACAGCUUUAGAACUGGCAUUAUUUGCUGCUUAUUUUAAUAAUGAAAUAACAGUGUAGACAUCUGUUUAUAUUCUUGAGAAGUUUGAGUCAGUUUAAAGAAUAUUCUUUAUGGAGAUAUAAUAUGCUUGAUAACAAAGGAUGGGGAUUAACUAUGUUCACAAGCUUGGUAAUUGUAUGGUAGAUAUAGCCAGACUCUUGAUUGCUUGAUCGUUAUUCUGCAACUAUCAGGACGAAGUUAUGGAGUAGGAGUUAUGGCAGUUGAAGUGCUACAAUCUACCUUUUGUUUGGUGGGAUAUACAUGUAAAAAUAUCUUUUUGAUAAGUUGCCACCUGUUAACUAUAUUGAAUAAAAUGCUUGAUUGACUGAGCUUAAACCACAAAUUUGAAUAUAGAGUAUCAUAGCAAGAUGACCAUCUUUGUAACAAGAUUGUAGUCAUAUAAUACUGUUAAUCUUAAAUGGCAGUUGUUUUUUAAACAAAUUAGUGACUCCUGUUGGCCUUUUUUGCCAAAAUGAGUUUGUUACUACUGGUAUUGUGUUGGAAUGGUAACCAGUUUUACAUCAUAAGUGUGUAUCAGAGAAUGGGGAUAUAGGAAUAUAUGGUGUAUAUCAACAUAUAAAAUUAGGCUAUGAAAUAAUCCAACUCCCACAACUGAAGACUUGAAAGCAUAAUUUAUGUACAUUGGUAUUUAAAUUAAGGCAAACAUGACAAAUAGUAUUAUUUCUGUGCUUGCCAACUUAUUUGUAUAUACAGU